AUGGGAUCUUAUCAAUUAAUCAGAGAGAAGAAUGAUGCAAGAUUAAGUCGGGAUCUAGAACAAGGAGAUGUGCAAGUUGAGGUAGAAGUUAAGAAUUUUUGUUCGCCUAGAAAUAUUGAGGUUAUUACAAGUGAUGCACAAAAGGAUUACAAUAAUGGUGUCGAAUUGGCUGCUUUGACAUCUACAAAUUUGUCCACAAAUACAUUGCCAAUAUCAGGCAGCAGGCCUAAGACUGGUUCCGCUGCAGCGAGUGAAGAUGGUCGCCUUCUUUCUCUUGACGUUUUUCGCGGUAUUACUGUUGCGUUAAUGAUCUUUGUAGAAUACGCUGGUGGACUUUAUCCCUCUGUUAAUCAUUCACCUUGGAAUGGUUUAAGCCUAGCAGAUUUUGUGAUGCCAUUUUUCCUCUUUAUUGUUGGACUCUCUCUUGGACUUGCAUACAAGAACUUGCCCUGCAGAUUGACCGCCACUAGAAAAGCAAUAUACCGUGCACUUAAGCUUUUCAUUAUUGGACUUUUUCUUCAAGGGGGCUAUUUUCAUGGUCUCAAAAAUCUAACUUAUGGAGUGGAUAUUGCGAAUAUUAGAUGGAUGGGUAUAUUGCAGAGAAUUGCAAUUUCAUUUUUGGUGGCAGCAAUGUGUGAAAUUUGGUUUAAGGGACGUGAUAAUAAUGAAGUCAAUUCAGGGCAAUCUUUGUUGAAGAAAUACCAUAAACAAUGGGCCAUCGCUAUAAUAGUUAGUGUUGUCUACCUUUCUUUAUUCUACGGUUUAUAUGUUAAUGAUUGGGAGUAUCAGAUGCCAAUGGACGUAACAAAGACAUUCUCAGUAAAAUGUGGUGUACGGGGAGAUACUGGACCGGCAUGUAACGCUGUUGGAAUGAUUGAUCGAAAAUUAUUUGGCAUUCAACACUUAUAUACAAGACCAAUUUAUGGAAGAUUAAAAGAAUGUAGUGUCGAUUCUCCUGACUAUGGUCCCCUGCCUCUAGAUGCUCCAUCAUGGUGUCCAGCCCCUUUCGAUCCAGAAGGCGUUCUGAGCUCGUUAAUGGCGAUUGUAACGUGCUUCAUUGGUUUGCAUUAUGGCCACAUUAUUGUCCAUUUCAAGAAUCAUAAAGUUAGAAUUCAGCAAUGGUUGAUACCAUCCUAUUGUCUUGUACUGUUCUGUGUAAUAUGUGACUGCUUCGGGAUGCAUUUAAACAAGGUUUUGUACUCCUUCAGUUACAUGUGUGUUACUGCUGGUGCAGCUGGAUUUCUCUUCACUGCAGUCUAUGUGAUGGUUGAUGUGUUGGGUUAUAGGCGCUGGACUACCGUGCUGAAAUGGAUGGGAACGAAUGCAUUGCUAAUCUACGUUCUUGUAUCGUGCAACAUUCUGCCGGUUAUUUUGCAGGGUUUUUAUUGGAGGCGGCCUGACAAUAAUAUUCUUACUUUGAUUGGUAUUGUACAUAUAAAAGAGCAAAACCAAGUAGUUGAUUUACUAGCAAAGCCUGGCUGCCAUGUGGAUAGAACUGCAGGCAUCACUGUUUUUGCACAACCUCCGUCUUUUGUUCGAACAACUUUGGAAGGGUUGCACCCAUCAGCUCUUCAGCACGAAAUCUAUGAAAGCAGCACAAGCAACAAUGAUGGACGAAGACAGGAACUCGAUGAAGUUGAUGAACUAAGAGAUAUGGCUUAUAUAAGAAUGAUCGCCCAAAAAGAACAAGUAGAGCAUUAUCAUAACAAGAAAGUAAAGGUCAAGCCACACAAAAUCGGAGACUACGUACUCAAAGCUAAAACCCAAGCGAGCAAAGAUCCCAGGGAAGAGAUAGUCUACGCCCUGGAGAAGCUCAGACCAAAAGUGAAGUGGGCGCCGAAGAUGAGAUCAGACCCUAAUACUAGAAAGUCUGACGCCCUAUAUGAGUUCCACCAAGAACGAGGGCACAAAAUGGAAGACCGCAUUGCCCUAAGGCAGGAGGUCGCGAAUAUGCUAUGUCAAGGACAUCUUAAAGAGUUGCUAAGCGAUAAGGGAAAAACCAAUUUCGCCAGAGGGCGCGAACAUCAAGGGCCACCUAAACCACCCUCACCAGCCCGUACCAUAUGUAUGAUCAUCGGAGACAAUGCCUCUAUCUACAGUGUAAAGUUCACCACUACACAAACUCAAUCGAUCCAUCACCCGUGA